CUGCAUUCAUGUAAAGGACAAUAUAUAUAUAUGAUUGUUUCCUGAACGCUCUGCUAAUGUCUGCAUUGGUGUUUUAGCUGCAGUAUGGCAGAGGAGCGAGUAAAGGACUCUCUCUCAGAGAAACACAGUGUGAGAUCAGGAUCACGUGUGUCCAGCUCUGUGUCUCUGAAGAGUGACCGGUCUAAAGGUGGUCAUCCUCCAAACCUCAGUGAGAAAACACCAUCAUCAGUCAAAAGUUUUGAAUAUGAGUUACCAGAUUCAAGAGACGAGACUCACAGAAGCCAAAAAAGUUUCACAGAUCUCUCGAAGAUCUUCCAGAAUCUUGAGAGUAAAAUUAUCAAGUUUCUGAAGAAAGAACUGCAAAAGUUUAAGAGAAUCUUACAAGACGAAAACAGACAAGAGUUUGUAAAGGAGUUUAAUGAGAACAGAUGCAGAAUCACAGAAGCAGCUCUUGAUCUCACACUCUUCUUCCUGAGAGAGAUGAAGCAAGAUCAAGCUGCUGAUACUCUCCAGGGCGAGCUGUUCUUCAUUUAUCAGCUUAAAUGUAGCCUGAAGAAGAAAUAUCAAAGUGUGUUUGAAGGAAUUGCUCAGCAAGGAGACUGCACACUUCUGAAUAACAUCUACACAGAUCUCUAUAUCACUCAGGGUGCGAGUGAACAGGUCAACACUGAACAUGAGAUCAGACAGAUUGAAGCUGCUUCCAGACGUCAUCAGUCACUAGAGAUACAGGUUGAAUGCAAACAUUUGUUUGAAGCAGCUGAACAAGACGAGCAGAUCAGAACUGUCCUGACAAAAGGAGUUGCUGGCAUCGGGAAAUCAGUCUCUGUGCAAAAGUUUGUUCUGGAUUGGACUGAAGGAAGAGAAAAUCAAGACAUCAGCUUCAUAUUUCCUCUUCCAUUCAGAGAGAUGAACUUAAAGGAGAAAGAAAAACAAAGUUUAAAAGACCUCAUAACUCAGUUUUUCCCAGAGACUAAAGGACUGGACCUUACAAGAAGCACACGAUUCAAAGUCCUGUUCAUCCUUGAUGGAUUGGAUGAAUGUCGUCUUCCUCUGAACUUUGCUGGUAAUGAGACGUGUCGUGAUGUAUCUUCAGCAGUCUCUCUGGAUGUUCUCCUCACGAACCUCAUCAAGGGAAAUCUGCUUCCUUCUGCUCUCAUCUGGAUCACCAGCAGACCAGCAGCUGCCAGUAAGAUUCCUGCUGACUGUAUCGACCGGCUGACAGAGAUACGAGGAUUCAAUGAUGCCCAAAAGGAGGAGUACUUCAGAAAGAGACUCACAGAUCAGAAUCAGGCCAGAGAAAUCAUUGAUCACAUUAAACAGUCAAAGAGUCUCUUUAUUAUGUGCCACAUCCCAGUCUUCUGCUGGAUUUCAGCCACUGUUCUUCAGAACAUUUUGAAGGAAAACAGAAAUACUGAACUGAAACACAGGGCUAAUGCUGAAACACUGCAGGAAUCUCCCAAGACUCUGACACAGAUGUACACACACUUUCUCCGCUUUCAGAUCCAGCAGAGCAGAAGAAAGUAUGAUGGAGAAAACACACCAGAUGUCUCCUGGGAUCAAAACCUCAUCCUUUCACUGGGGAAACUGGCCUUCCAGCAGCUGGAAAGAAACAAUGUGAUCUUCUAUGAGAGCGAUCUGAAAGACUGUGGCAUUGACGUCUAUAAGGCAUCGGUGUACUCAGGCAUGUGUACCCAAAUCUUUAAGGAGGAGACGGGGAUCAUUCUUGGUACCAUGUACUGCUUUCUUCACUUGAGCAUUCAAGAGUUCAUUGCAGCCCUUUAUAAGCAUCUGUUUCUAGACAUCAACAAGAAACCUUUACCUAUUUUUAGAAAGAAAAGCAAAACUAAAUGUAUGAUUGAUUUGCUGAAGACUGCAGUAGACAAGGCUCUAGAAAGUGAGAAUGGACAUCUGGACCUUUACCUUCGCUUCCUUCUCGGUCUGUCACUCCAGUCCAGUCGACAACUCUUACAAGGUCUGUUGACACAGCAGGAUGACAGAAACCAGAGCAAAGAGGAAAUAAUCGCAUACAUCAAGCAGAAACUUGAAGGAAAUCUGUCUCCAGAGAGAUCCAUCAAUCUGUUCUACUGUCUGAAUGAACUGAAUGAUCAAACUCUGCUGAAAGAGAUUCAGUCUCACCUCAGUAGUGGAAGUCUGUCAUCUGCUGAUCUUUCACCUGCCCAGUGGUCUGCUCUGGUCUUUGUGUUGUUGACCUCAGAGAAGGAGCUGGAGGAGUUUAAGCUUCAGAAAUUCCAGAGAUCAGACGAGUGUCUCAUCAGACUAUCAGCAGUCAUCAAAACCUCCAAAAGAACUCUGCUACAGGGCUGUAAUCUCAGUGUUCGGUCUUGUGAGAGUUUGUCUUCAGCUCUACAAUCCUCAAACUGUGUCCUGAGAGAGCUGGACCUGAGUAACAAUGACCUGCAGGAUUCAGGAGUAAAGCUUCUCUCUGAUGGACUGAAGAGUCAACACUGUAAACUGGAGACACUGAGAUUGGUCACAUGUAAUCUCACUGUUCAGUGCUGUGAGAGUUUGUCUUCAGCUCUACAAUCCUCAAACUGUGUCCUGAGAGAGCUGGACCUGAGUAACAAUGACCUGCAGGAUUCAGGAGUGAAGCUUCUCUCUGAUGGACUGAAGGAUUGUCAACACUGUAAACUGGAGACGCUGAGAUUGUCUGGCUGUAUGGUGACAGAGGAAGGCUGUGGCUUUCUGUCUUCAGCUCUGACUUCAAACCCCUCACACCUGAGAGAGCUGGAUCUGAGCUACAAUCAUCCAGGAGAUUCAGGAGUCAAGCUGCUCUCUGAACAACUGGAGGAUGCAAACUACACACUGGACAAACUCAAUCUGGAUCAUAGGGGAGAGACGAGGAUUACAGCAGGACCACACAAAUAUGUCUGUUUCCUCACACUGGAUCCAAACACAGCACACACUCGUCUCAAACUGUCUGAGGAGAACAGAGAGGUGAAGAGUGUGGAAGAGGAUCAGCCGUAUCCUGAUCAUCCAAACAGAUUUGAUGGUGUGUAUCAGGUGUUGUGCAGAGAGAGUGUGUGUGGACGCUGUUACUGGGAGAUUGACUGGAGUGGAGAUCAUGGUGUGUGUAUAUCAGUGUCAUAUAAGAGCAUCAGGAGGAAGGGACGAGCAGGUGGUGAGUGUGUGUUUGGAUAUAAUGCUCAGUCCUGGAGUUUGAUCUGCUUUUCCUCUGGUUUCUCAUUCAUACACAAUAACACACACACUGAUAUCCCAGUGAAGCGGCUCAGCAGGAGAAUAGGAGUGUUUGUGGAUCACAGUGCAGGAACUCUGAUCUUCUACAACAUCUACAGAGACACAAUGAGCCUCAUCCACUCAGUCCAGACCAAAUUCACUGAGCCGCUCUGGCCUGGGUUUAUAGUUUAUCCUGGAUCAUCAGUGAAACUGUGCUGAAGACUGACAAGAGAUUUACCCACAAUCCUCUACAGGAGCAGUCAGCAGCAGCUGUGUGUGUGUGUGUGUGUGUGUGUGUACAGGACAGACCUGCUUUCAGAAAAUGUGUGUAAAUAAUUGGGAAGAACUGUAAGUGAGUGUGGCGAUUCAUUGAGAGAUUUGUUUCUUGAUUUAUUUGUAAAACAUGUUUUAUCAAGUAGUUAACUUCAGCAGAACUUGCACUUGAUGUUUCGUUUCAUCCGUUCUUCUUCUUCUUCUUCUUGUUAGUUUUUUGGUGAAUUGCAUUCUUUGUGCAUAUCGCCACCUACUGUGCUAGUUGUGCAUCCAGAUUCGGUGAUUGCUCUGCCCCAAUCCCACCCUAUAUGGGGCAUCUGCAGACUUGGAUCCAGGCAGUUUUACACCCCUGUUGUUCCUAAUGCGUCCAGUAGGGGGGAUGAAAGAUACAUGGCCAAAUAAUAGAUUUGAAGUCAACGCUCCAGAU